AUGGCCGACUACUCACAUCGGCCUUUCUCGCGCAACUACAGCGGGCUCGUCAACCAGGCAGUCGUCGGGGGCGCCAUUGUUCUCCUUUGCGUAUCCUGGCACGAGUAUGCCAAACGCAAGCGCCGUGGAGACCCGAACCGACGUGCAAACCAGGGUCCGCACGCAAAGGCCCAACUUCUAGGCAGCAUCGAUACCUGGGAGUUCGGAUACCUGUAUAACGGUCGGUCAUGGGCACGGCGACCUUCAUCACCGUCUCCGAACCGCUGGUACCCAUUAGCAUGGUUAUCUCAAGUGAUCUCGUUCUCGGAAGCAGAAAUGAACAAACUGCGAGGCAUUGAUGCCACAUUCUAUACCCGCUUCCUUCGUGGAUGCAUGUACUAUACCCUCCUCCACACAUUUACCACGAUGCCCGUUCUUCUUCCGAUCCAUAUUUCCUUCGCCGGAGCCGGGUACGAAACAAAGUCCAUGACCCGUGCCUCCAUCUCUGCCCUCGUCGCCACUUCUAAAGGUCGCUCGCUCCUCUGGGUACACAUUGUCCUCCUCUACUGGCUCACCCUCACAUGGAUGGCCGCCGUCUUUUGGAUUUGUCGCGGUGCUUUCCGCUUCCGUGCUGCACAACUAGAGGCCACUGCGGCGCGCAUCCAUGCGGCCGUCCCUUCCCUUGGCGGCCCCAACGGUUCCGGCACGGGUACGAGCCUUGUUCGCGAGCCCUCUGUGCAUCCACAUCCUCAUCCGCAACACGCCUUCCACUCGCUAACGUCCGCGGGCGACCUGAACCAGGAGAUGGAAGACCGCAACCGUGGCCUGCGCCUGCGCACAGUCAUGGUGACCAACGUCCCGCCCCAGCUGCGCUCCGAGAAGGCGCUCGCGGAAUAUUUUUCUUACUGGCUUUCGCGUCAUGUUGAAAUGCCUGCGAUCGGGCUGACAUCCGCGACCCAACCCGGGUUCAUCAACAAGUUCGCGGCCUUCCUAUUCAAUCGUGCAAAGCGCAGCACUAGCCGUGUUCGUACGAUGAUCUUCUCGUACGAGGAUAGUCGACCUUCGGAGCGAGCGGGCGCGCACGUAGCCGCGGUAGAGGAAGCAGAAGACGAGGCGAAGCGGGGGAAGAACGACGCGCCGGCGAUCGACCGCGUUGUGAUCGCGCGGAAGAUGACCGAACUUGCAAGUUUGCUGGCCAGACGCGAAGAAGUGUUGAAGAGGCUUGAGGUGGCGCACAUCAAGCUCGCUCGCAAGACGCUCGUCGCGGUCAAGGAUGCGAUCGAUGCGCGGGAGCGGCAUGCUUUCGCCGGUAGACCGGGGAGCCGACGCGCGAGCUCGCAGAUCAAUCUUAGCCAGCUUGCAGCCCAGGUACCGGCGGCGGAUGAACCAACGGACAGCGAAGAGCGGAUGGACCUGCUCAUACGCACACUGGGACCGUACGUCGAAGAGUUCGGCGUGCAGAGCUCGCGGAGUUGGCUAUACAAGCUUGCCGAUUCUUUCCGCCAGCAGCGAUCGCCAGCACCGGAUUCAAAGCACUUGGACGAACACGACGCGAGGCCAACGGUGUGGGAAGCACUCCUCUCCCUGCCACGAAGCACUUUGGACCCAUACCAGCCGCUCAUUCACCUCUCCGCGCUCUUCCGCGGCAAGACGGUGCCGUCGAUCGACUACUACACUGCGAAGCUGAACUUAUUGACCGCGCUCGUGACUGAGAAUCGCGCACGGGCUGCGGUGGACUACGACCCGGUCUCGACCGCUUUCGUCACAUUCGCGGACCCUGCGGAUGCCCGGCGCGCGUGCAAAUACCUCGUUGUGCACCCGGACAACCCGCUAAGUUGCAUCGUGACGAUGGCGCCUGGAUACGAGGACCUGGACUGGACGAGGGUGAUGAAGAGUACAUACCGUGCCGAGUUUCUCAAAGAUUGGGUCGUCAACCUCGGUGUAUGGACGUUCACGAUAUUCUGGACUAUCCCACUCUCGGCUAUCCUGUCGCUCGUGUCGGUGUCGAACAUCGAAGCGUAUUGGCCCGCCCUUAGCCGAUAUCUGAGCGUGCACCCGUGGGAAGAGGAGGUCAUCGAGUCCUUCCUGCCCACGCUUCUCAUUUCGCUCUUAGCCAUCACCGUGCCGCUCCUGCUAUUGCUCAUCGCCAAGAAAGCGCACACGAUCACGACGCUCUCCGCACUUCACGACCGCAUCCUGAUCCGCUAUUACAAGUGGCUUAUCCUCAACGUCCUUGUCUUCUUCUGCGUUGGCACUGCCGCGCUGCAAAGUUUUCUCGUCAAGUUCAAGAACACGGUUACGUUUGAGAGCCUAACGAACGUCGUGACGCAGUACUGGCCCAGCGCAGGACCGUUUUAUGUGGGAUGGCUUCUCUUCACGACCGGCAUGCAUAUGGGCUUCGAGCUUUCCCUGCUAGGUCUUCCGUUGAUUAUGUAUCCUACAACCCGACGUCAAAUCACUCCCCGCAAACGAGCGGUCGGCAUUCGUCCACGCACGUUCAACUACUACUACUGGCUUCCUAAUCACCUCUUAAUCGUUCACAUUGUACUUGUAUUCGCCGUGCUCAAUCCUCUUGUCAUCCCAUUCGCCCUGAUAUAUUUUACCGUGGACCGAGUGGUAAUAAAGAAUCAGCUCCUUCAUGUUUACGCCAAGAACUACGAACAGAAUGGGCGAAACCUCAUGAUUCGCAUGGUCCGCUACUCCUUCGAUGGUCUUAUACUCUCUCACGUUGUCUUCUUGACGUACAUGGUAGUCCUGAAGAAGUACACGAAUGUCGGAUUGUCCGCCGUUCUUAUCGGGUUUACGGCUGUUAUGAAAAUUGUCAUGACCCGGGUGUACAGGGCCAAGUACGAGGAAGACGACAUCGCGGAAGCUGCCGUACUUUGCAAGGGCGAAGCCCCGCCGAAGACCCAACCUAUUCCCAGUGAUGAGGAGGCUCGUCCAGAGACUCCGGACGGUCUCUCCUCCGAGGAAAGUUCACCGCAACCUGCGGGACUUUGGACGUGGAAGAUGCCUCAUCGAACGAACUUCGGGUAUUCGACUGUUCCGAACAGACAGAUGAAUCUUGCACGUAUUGCGAAUCCUUUCAAUCCCACCAAUACGUCUUUCUCGCGCCUCAACUCCAUCGACACACUGCGUAGUGCGGCUUCCGGGAAACAUUACACAUCGUCACCACCUCCGGCGCUCAGUGAGAACCACCCUAUCAGCGAGGACGUUGGCAGCGAUGCCGCUUCUGUCCGCAGCGAUCACCAAUCACAGGCGCUUGUCACCCGUCACCCGCCGCACCCUGCAUGGGAGGAUGAGCCGAACGUGAACCAUCCAUACGACAACCCGAACUACACCAAACCAAUUGGUAACUUCCUCUGGCUUCCGCGCGAUCCGUUUGGCAAGCUUGAUCUUGACGACACCGUCAAUAUGCACGCCUCGCUGACGAGCGCGCCCGGCCUUGGUCAUAUUGGGGCGCUUCGGCAACCGGCGGAAACAGCUACACACCUUGGUCUGUCCAUUUACAGCGACACGACCUCAGCGGACUUCAGCAUUCCUUUCGUUGAAUCGCCCGAGCACGAAGGCGGACCGUCCGGCACCGAUGAUUCUCCCAUUACAUCCCCGCUGCCGACGGGAGACGAACAGAUUGAACUUCCACCGGCCAUCGCGGUCAGAGUCGUGUCUGGUAAAGAGCACGACGUGGAGGAGACCCAUACUGUCAGGCGUCGAGCGUCGACCAUCAGGACAAGUAACAGGCGCAGUAGCGGAGAGCUCUUUCCAUCAGCGAGCAGUCGGCGGUCCCUUGGCAUAGGUCGACCCCCGCCGACGUCGCAGUCUUCGCCGCACAUGAAUCCGAUCGACAUGCGGUCAUUCUCGUCAGGAUCGGCGACCUCUCGAUAUCUCGAGGCGUACCGUCGUAGCUCCUUGUCCACCAGGGAGCGCCGCCCUCCGCACAGUUUGUCGGGGUGGGCUGAGGAACCUGAUACGGGGCUGCGACCGGAUGCACACGCUCAGGCGACCCUCGCGCGGUCCGUGCAGGAAAGCGGCUCCCGCUCGCGGUUCGCCUUCGCCGCGGCGCACGGCUCGACGAUCACGGCGCACGACGCGGUCGUAAACGAAGUCAUUGUCGAGGAGGCGGAGGCUGCGGAUGAGCGGCUGCGGCAGGAGGAAGAUGCGGCGUCGAAGGCCACGCGGCGCAGGCCUUGGUGGCAGGCGUGGAUGUUCCAUAGUCCAUACACAUGA